AUGGAGUGGGCAACUCUGCAGCAUUUAGAUCUCCGGCACGUUGGCCGGAGCGCGAAACCUUUUCAGCCACAUGCCGCGGCGUUCCACCCUACUCAGGCUAUUAUCGCUGCUGCUGUUGGAACUUACAUCAUGGAAUUUGAUGCGUAUACUGGAAGCAAGAUCGCGUCUAUCAAUGUUGGUUCUCCCGUAGUUCGCAUGGCAUACAGUCCCACCAGCGGCCACACCAUCAUUGCCAUACUGGAGGAUUGCACAAUUCGAUCUUGCGAUUUUGAUGCAGAGCAAACCUGUGUUCUACAUUCACCUGAGAAGAGGAUGGAACAAAUCUCAUCUGAUACAGAAGUCCAUAUGGCCUUGACGCCACUUCAACCUAUUGUGUUUUUUGGUUUCCAUAAGAGGAUGAGUGUUACAGUCGUUGGAACGGUGGAAGGUGGGAAAGCACCAACAAAGAUAAAGACAGACUUAAAGAAACCUAUUGUUAAUCUUGCUUGCCACCCUCGCCUGCCUGUUUUGUAUGUUGCUUAUGCUGAUGGUUUGGUUCGAGCCUACAACAUCCACACCUAUGCUGUUCAUUAUACUCUUCAACUUGAUAACACAAUAAAACUAAUUGGUGCUGGUGCCUUUGCCUUUCAUCCAACGCUGGAGUGGGUUUUUAUUGGUGAUAGAAGAGGUACACUGCUGGCAUGGGAUUUAUCAACUGAGAGGCCUAUGAUGAUUGGGAUUACUCAAGUUGGUUCUCAACCUAUCACGUCAGUUGCUUGGCUUCCUAUGUUGCGUCUACUGGUUACUUUGUCUAAAGAUGGAAGCAUUCAAGUGUGGAAGACUCGAGUUAUACUGAAUCCUAAUAGACCUCCAAUGCAAGCAAAUUUUUUUGAGGCUGCUGCUGUUGACUCAAUUGAUAUUCCUCGGAUUCUUUCUCAGCAAGGAGGAGAAGCAAUUUAUGCUCUACCACGAGUAAAGGCUUUAGAGAUUCACCCCAAACUAAACCUUGCAGCUUUAAUAUUUGCGAAUAUGGGGGCUGGUGACAACCGGAAAAAUAGAGCCGCAUACACGCGAGAAGGACGUAAACAGUUGUUUGCUGUUCUGCAAAAUGCUAGGGGAUCUUCAGCAUCGGUCUUGAAGGAAAAACUAGCAUCUCUUGGUUCAUCUGGAAUACUAGCUGAUCAUCAGCUUCAAGCGCAAUUACAAGAACAUCAUUUGAAAGGACAAAAUCACAUUACAAUAUCAGAUGUUGCGCGAAAGGCUUUUCUUUACAGCCAUUUCAUGGAAGGACAUUCCAAAAGUGCUCCAAUAAGCAGGUUACCCCUCAUCACUAUUGUGGACAGUAAGCAUCUUUUACGAGAUGUUCCUGUUUGCCAGCCAUUUCAUCUGGAACUAAACUUUUUUAGCAAGGAAAACCGGGUACUUUAUUAUCCUGUGAGGGCUUUUUACUUGGAAGGGCCAAGUCUUAUGGCUUAUAAUCUUGCUUCUGGAAUGGAUAAUGUUUACAAGAAGCUUUACACCUCAGUACCUGCGAAUGUAGAAUUUCAUCCGAAAUACAUUGCUCAUAGUAAAAAGAAGCACCUCUUCCUUGUUGUUUACGAGUUUAGUGGUUCUACCCAUGAAGUAAUUCUUUACUGGGAGAAUACAGAUGCUCGUUCCACGAAUAGUAAAGCAACCACAAUAAAAGGUAGAGAUGCCGCCUUCGUUGGACCUAAUGAAAAUCAUUUUGCAAUUCUUGACGGGGAUAAGACGGGACUUGGUUUGUUUACUUUACCUGGAGCACCUACACUAGAAUCUAAAAACAAGAAUGCUGUGGCGGAUGGAGAGGAAACUGUUGAUAGCGACAUAACGGAUGUUACCACAAUAAAGGGGCCACAGCAGUUUAUGUUUGAAAGUGAAAUUGAUCGAAUUUUUACCACUCCACUAGAAUCGACUAUCCUCUUUGCCUCUCAUGGGGAUCAAAUUGGCUUGGCUAAGCUUGUGCAAGGGUACCGCCUUUCAAAUGCUGACGGGCAUUAUAUAUCAACAAAAGGUGAAGGGAAGAAGUCAAUAAAAUUGAAAGCAAAUGAAGUGGUUCUCCAGGUUCACUGGCAAGCAACUCUGAGGGGUUUUGUUGCUGGUAUAGUGACUACACAAAGAGUCCUCAUUUAUCACUUUAGAUCUCUUCUUUGGGUUGGUCCAGCUCUUCUUUUCUCAACUGCUACUUCAAUCAGUAUGCUUGGCUGGGAUGGAAAAGUGAGGACGCUACUUUCUAUUUGCAUGCCUAAUGCAGUGCUGGUUGGAGCUUUAAAUGAUCGUCUUUUGCUUGCUAAUCCAACCGAUAUAAAUCCCAGACAAAAGAAGGGUGUUGAGAUAAAAAGUUGUCUUGUUGGCUUCCUUGAACCACUUCUUAUAGGAUUUGCCACAAUGCAGCAACACUUUGAGCAGAAGCUUGACCUAUCAGAAGUGCUUUACCAAAUUACUUCAAGGUUUGAUAGCUUGAGGAUUACUCCGAGGUCACUGGAUAUUCUUGCCAUUGGUUCUCCAGUUUGUGGUGAUCUUGCUGUUUCACUAUCCCAAUCAGGCCCACAAUUCACCCAGGUGUUGCGAGGAGUUUAUGCUAUCAAAGCACUUCGAUUUUCUACAGCUUUGUCUGUCCUAAAGGAUGAGUUCUUGAGAUCUAGAGAUUAUCCACGAUGCCCUCCAACAUCGCAUUUAUUCCAUCGUUUUCGCCAGUUGGGAUAUGCUUGUAUCAGAUAUGGGCAAUUUGACAGUGCAAAAGAAACAUUUGAAGUAAUUGCAGAUUAUGAAAGCAUGUUAGACCUCUUUAUAUGCCAUCUGAAUCCUAGCGCAAUGCGACGUCUUGCUCAGAGAUUGGAAGAAGAAGGUGCAGAUCCAGAAAUAAGGCGAUAUUGUGAAAGGAUAUUAAGAGUCCGUUCUACAGGUUGGACACAAGGUAUCUUUGCUAAUUUUGCUGCUGAAAGUAUGGUUCCUAAAGGACCUGAAUGGGGUGGUGGAAACUGGGAGAUUAAGACACCUAUUAACAUGAAGGAUAUACCCCAAUGGGCACUGGCUGCUGAGGUGAUGCCAUACAUGAGAACUGAUGAUGGUACUAUUCCGUCUAUUGUUACGGAUCAUAUUGGUGUUUAUCUGGGUAUUAUUAAAGGAAGAGGCAAUGUGGUUGAGGUGAGAGAAGAUAGUUUGGUGAAAGCAUUUAAAGCUGGAGCUACUGACACCAAAGCAAAUGGGCUUCCGUCUGCGCUAGGUACAUCACUGGCUAGCAAGUCUAAAGGGGCUUCUGAGGGCGAUAACAAGUCUGCCUCCUUGAUGGGCCUAGAAACCCUUACCAAUCAAGUUUCAGGUGGUCGCUCGGUAGAUGAACAAACCAAAGCAGCAGAAGAAUUUAAGAAAUCACUUUAUGGCACUGCUGCUGAUGGUAGCAGCAGCGAUGAGGAAGAAGGUUCAAAGACCAAAAAGUUACUUAUCAAAAUCCGAGAUAAACCGGCAGAUGCUGUUGUGGAUGUAAAUAAAAUUAAAGAAGCUACGAAGCAGUUGAGUCUGCCCCUGCCUCUAAGUAGGACCAAGUCAUCAACUGGUUCCUCUCAAGAUCUUGGCCUCCUUUCAUCUCAACCUCCUGUGGCAACCAGUGGAAGUUUGACAAUGCCUGUGGUUGCUGCACCUGUUGAUCCUUUUGGAACCGACUCUCUGGUGCAACCCACACCUUUGUCCCAGCCUGCUCCUGUUAUGUCGGGUGGUGGAGUCACAGCACGGCCAAUUCCAGAAGACUUCUUCCAGAACACAAUAUCAUCUAUCCAGGUUGCAGCUUCACUACCACCACCUGGAACUUACCUUUCACAACUUGAUCGUAGUUCUCAAGGGAUAGAAGUUAACAAAGCCACACCUAACCAAGGCAAUGCAGCUGCUGUGGAUAUUAGCCUACCUGGUGGUGGUGUUCCACCACCUGUAACCCAACAAUCUGUUGUACCUGAGUCCAUUGGCCUUCCUGAUGGUGGUAUACCACCACAAUCAGUUCAGCCAGCUGGAUUAGUGCAGCCACAGAUCCAUGCAACCCAAGUUCCAGUCUCUACGCAGCCUCUUGAUCUCAGUUCUCUGGAAGGUCCAGGUUCUGGUGCAUCGGGAAAAGCUCCUGAACGACCUGCUUCUCCAAAAGCUGUACGUCCUGGCCAGGUUCCUCGUGGAGCUGCUGCUUCAGUUUGCUUUAAGACUGGGCUUGCCCAUCUUGAACAGAAUCAACUGCCAGAUGCACUAUCUUGCUUUGAUGAAGCUUUCCUUGCACUAGCAAAGGAUCAAUCUCGUGGGGAAGAUAUCAAGGCCCAAGCUACAAUAUGUGCCCAGUACAAGAUUGCUGUCACACUACUUCGGGAAAUAAGUCGGCUACAGAGAGUUCAAGGCCCAAGUGCUAUCAGUGCCAAGGAUGAGAUGGCAAGGUUGUCACGCCACCUUGGUUCAUUACCUCUUCUUGCAAAGCACCGGAUCAAUUGCAUUCGAACUGCCAUCAAAAGGAAUAUGGAUGUGCAAAAUUAUGCGUAUUCAAAGCAAAUGCUUGAGUUACUCCUAUCUAAAGCGCCUCCUGGAAAGCAAGAGGAGUUGCGGAGCCUGAUUGAUAUCUGUGUUCAGAGAGGAUUGACCAAUAAGUCCAUUGAUCCUUUGGAAGAUCCUUCCCAAUUUUGUGCUGCCACGCUUGGUCGUUUGUCAACAAUUGGAUAUGAUGUUUGUGAUUCUUGCGGGGCUAAAUUCUCUGCCCUGUCAACAAAUGGCUGUAUUAUUUGUGGAAUGGGAAGCAUCAAGAGAUCUGAUGCGCUUGCUGGACCCGUCCCUUCCCCUUUCGGCUGA